AUGAAUCUGUCUGAACCUGUUGUGGAAUUGUAUGCAUAUGGAUUUGAGAGGGGGAUAAAAAGGGACCUGAAGUUCCCAGAAGUGCCGUGCUGGAGCCGGCUGCGCUCCGUUCCCCGGCUGCUGUCCCGCAGGAGGCGAGUCCCGGCCGGCCCGGGGGGCUCCAGCCUGCGCCGCUGCCUCUCGGCCCUGGACCUGGCGGCCCUGGGGGUGGGCAGCACGCUGGGGGCUGGGGUCUACGUCCUGGCAGGGGAGGUGGCCAAGAGCAGCUCUGGCCCGAGCAUCGUGCUCUCUUUCCUGAUUGCAGCCGCGGUGUCUGCCCUGGCAGGGCUGUGCUACGCCGAGCUGGGGGCCCGAGUGCCCCUGGCAGGCUCUGCCUACCUGUACAGCUACGUGACAGUGGGGGAGCUCUGCGCCUUCCUGGCUGGAUGGAACCUGCUGCUGUCCUAUGUCAUCGGUACUGCCAGCGUUGCCCGGGCCUGGAGCGCUACCUUUGACCAGCUCCUCGGCAAGAGGAUGGGGAGGUUUUUGGGUGCUCAUGCAGCCAUGAGCUCUGUGGGGCUGGCAGAGCACCCAGAUGCCUUUGCUGCUGGCCUGGUGGUCCUGCUGGCAGCGCUUCUUUCCUUUGGAGUGAAGGAGUCCACCAUGGUCAACAAAGCCUUCACAGCUCUCAACGUGCUCGUCCUGCUCUUUGUCACAGUGAGUGGCUUCAUCAAAGGCCACAUGAGCAACUGGAAGCUCAGGGAGGACGACCUGCCGAACCAGUCCAUGGCUGACAACAUCACCAGUGCCUUUGGGGUGGGAGGCUUCAUGCCUUAUGGCUUCACUGGCACCUUGGCUGGAGCCUCUGCCUGUUUCUAUGCCUUUGUUGGAUUUGACUGCAUUGCUACCACAGGGGAAGAAGUGAGGGACCCACAGAGAUCCAUCCCCAUGGGCAUCAUUCUCUCCCUCCUCAUCUGCUUCCUGGCCUACCUUGGGGUGUCUGCUGCCCUCACCCUGAUGAUGCCCUACUACCUGCUGGACACCACGAGCCCUCUGCCAGUGGCUUUUGAGUACAUUGGCUGGAGCAGUGCCAAGUAUGCUGUGGCUGUGGGGUCACUGUGUGCCCUGACCACCAGCCUCCUGGGCUCCAUGUUCCCCAUGCCAAGGAUCCUGUAUGCAAUGGCUCGGGACGGGCUCCUCUUCCAGCCUCUGGCCAAAGUCAGUCGCCGUCAGUGCCCGGUGGUGGCAACUCUGGUGUCGGGGGCAGUGGCAGCUCUCCUGGCCCUUCUCUUCGACCUGAAAGCCCUGGUUGACACCAUGUCCAUUGGCACACUGCUGGCCUACUCCAUGGUGGCUGCCUGUGUGCUGCUGCUCAGGUACCGGCCUGAGCCCGGCCCUCGGGACACUCCUGUGGGGAAGGUCCCAGCUGUGCAGCCGUGGUGGAACCACCUGGUGCAGCCACCCCCCCAUGCCACCCCUCGCUCCUCUGCCCUGGUGGUCUGGGCUCUGACAGCUGCAGCUGCCCUGGCCUGUGCCCUGGGCUGGGUGAGCUCUGCUGGGCUGCCCUGCCUGCGGGCUGGGGGUGCCUGGUGCAUCACAGCCCUGGCCCUGCCUCUCCUGGGGAUCCUGGCAGCAGCUCUUCUCAUCUGGAGGCAGCCUCAGAGCCAGGACAAGGCGUCCUUCAUGGUUCCCUGCCUGCCCUUCCUGCCUCUCCUCAGCAUCUCCACCAACGCUGUGCUGCUGGCCCGGCUCAGCGCGGCCCCCUGGCUGCGGUACCUGCUCUGGAUGGCUGCGGGUUUCCUCAUUUACUUUGGCUAUGGGAUCUGGCACAGCACUGAGAGCCCCUGGCCUGAAGGGACAGGUCCCCAGGAGCUGCCCCAAAGCAGAGCCAGGGAGGUGGCCCUGGAGCCCCGUGGGACUGCCCUGGAAGCCCCUUGGGCUGUGGGUCCUGUCCCACAGAGGGGCCAGCCCUGCCAGAGCUGCAGGAGCUGCUGCCCGAGUCUGGUGAACCUCCCUGAGCACCCCAAAUCCUCACAGCGAGCCCCUGCACACAGAGUUCUCUUUGGAGAGGAUAAAGCACACAAGUAGUUUUGCUGGUCAGCACAAAGGACGGAAGUGGCUGAUGCAGUGGCCCUGAUGCUGGGAGGGCCCGGGUCUGCCCUGAGCUGGGAGCUCAUUGAAAUGGAGGAAAAGGAGCAGGAAAAUGGGGAUCAGCCUUGA